AUACAGAAAGCCAUUCAUGCAGCUUGCAAUAUUACAUGGAAUUUAUUUCCAUCUUUGAAUAUCACUUGUCUUGUCAAGGAAAUUAUUAAUUAACGGCAUUGAUGCUCAAAAAUUUUCUCCUGCAUCAGGACAACUUUUUAUCAGCCAACAAAGAAAUGCUAGCAUUCAAACUACAUGAGAAAUAUUGUGUGCAAUGCAAGAAUAAUUCUGUAAUUUUGGCCUUUGCUGAAUAUUAUGAACGAUGCAGCGAAUACUGAAGGUUUCAAAAAUGUGUGCAACUGAAACUCAUUAGUAACGUGUCAGGAAGAGCACACCACUGACUUAUUUAAUUCGUAAAAUUUAUUAUUAUGUACAGUUUGCUUCAAGUUGAAUUUAUGCGGCAGAAACUCAGUGAAGUGCAAGUGAUGAAAGACGAAGCCAGGAUUGAUAAAAAAAGAAAAUAAUUAAUUAAAAGCUAUCCAACACAGGCGAAAAUACAUUUAUCCAAGACCGCGGCUGCGUAACGAAGCGAGUGCACCAGAUCACCGAGAUUCGUCUGCAGGCAGACUGAGUUUCCCCGCAUAACUUCUCGAAGAGACACCAUGUGAGGCCAAGAACCUCAGCCCGAAGGCAUGCCGACAGCUUCUCUAUGUGUCACAACGCCGGAGCUGAUAUCCGAGUGACGCUCUUCGGCCCAGAUGAGGGUGGCAAGAAGGCAGAGCGGCUCUGCUGUUUGUGGCAAGGUGUCAGCCACGCGCCCAAAAUGUCACACAUUCUGCUGGUGGCACUGGUAGCGUCCAUAUGGACCGUCUCGGUGGUGGGUGAAGUCAGGAGUCCUAGAGUUGUUGACACCCGCCAAGGCAAACUACGCGGCAUCAUCAAAUCCUUGUCCAACAAGAACUUGAGACCCGUGGAGGUAUUCCUAGGAGUACCAUAUGCUUCUCCCCCAACCGGAUCCAACAGGUUCUCGCCCACCAGAGCCCCAGGCCCUUGGGAAGGUGAACGAGAAGCCCGACAAUACGGACCAGUGUGUCCACAGCUACUUCCUGAUGUUGACUCGCCGGUGUUCCCGAACAACAGGCUGCUGUCAGCCCAAAAAUUAGUGAAUUACUUGUCGAACCAAGCGGAAGAUUGUCUCUAUUUGAAUAUCCAUGUUCCAUCGCAAGUCGUCGACACCGUGGGCCACAAGGCGUUCCCGGUGCUGGUUUACAUUCACGGUGACAGCUUCGAGUGGGGGGCGGCCGACCCCUACGACGGCUCGGUGCUGGCGGCCUAUGGGGAAGUCAUCGUCGUGACCCUCAAUUACAGACUGGGUCCUUUAGGAUUUCUGAACACGAACGCUGACACGAGCACAAGAGGUCACGUGAUGAACCACGGCCUCAUGGACCAGAUUGCAGCCCUGCACUGGGUCCAGGAAAACAUCGGGGCGUUCGGAGGGGACCCAGGUAGCGUGACUCUCAUGGGCCAUGGCACCGGGGCCGCCUGCGUGCAUUUCCUGAUGGCUUCAGCAGCUGUGGUCCCAGGCCUGUUCCACAGAGCUAUCCUCAUGUCAGGAUCUGCGCUGAGCUCCUGGGCAUCGGUAGGAUCUCCGACAUACUAUGCGAUCCAGUACGGCCGCGCGCUGAACUGCUCUUCAUUCUUAUCGCUUGGAUCCUCGGACCCACCGUCGAACGACCAAUUUGACCGAAUGGUGAACUGCCUCAAAGACAAAUCAUUAGACGAGUUACAGAGUGUAAAGCUCGCUGCUCCACGAUUUUUGUACUCUUUUGGUCCUAGCGUGGAUGGAAUAGUAAUUAAACCUGAUUUCAGACGACCAGCUCGAUCAAGAUCCGACGAACCAAGCAAAGAAUACGACAUUCUGUUCGGAGUGGUCCCGAACGAAGCCUUCGACGACUUUUCCGAGAAUGAACUCGUUCGAGGUUUUGAUAUUCAUAGAAGAGAUCGCAUUUUCAGAACACUGGUGCGUAACACUUUUGACUAUCACCUCAACGAAGUUUUCAUCUCUGCGGUGAACGAAUACACGGAUUGGGAGCAUCCUGAUGCGCCACCGAAAGCCGUUCGCGACGCCACGUUGGCAGCGCUUGGCGACGCUCGAUAUGUUUCGCCACUUUUACAGUCCGUUGCUGCCCUGAGUGCCGCUCACCGUCAACAUUUCUUUUACGUCUUCGACCAUCAGCCGCUCUCAACUAAAUUGCCAAGCGGACUGACAGGCACUAUACAUGGAGAAGAACUCGCAUAUCUCUUUGGGGCACCACUGGUUGGUGAGCUCGGGGUUUUCAGCAACACGAAUUGGAAUCAACAGGACAUGUUGGUGUCUGAAGCUAUGAUCACAUACUUCACUAACUUCGUCAAAACUGGGGACCCAAACUUCCUCACCGGCCAGGAGCUGAGAGUGAACACUCGAAUGACAUCCAAGUUACGUACCGAGAAGUGGCAUCCAUUUGACAUGGAUUACCAACGAUAUUUCAGCAUCGGACCCGUCGUAACGGCCAAAGAUCAUUACAGAGCGCAUCCCCUUGCCCUGUGGACAUGGCUAGUUCCACAACUUCAAACUGUAGGCCGGCUCGAGUUUUUGACGCUGAGAGCACCGAACGUUUUGGAUCGGCAACGAGAUGACGAAUUUGACCCAGAGAAACGGUUGCAGGAGUUGUCAGUGUUACACCACCUGUUUCCCACUCAUGAUGACCCGGCUCUGUACAUCGGAGGAGUGAGACCGCUCCGACAUAUGGCUGGUCACUAUAUAGCACCGCCUUCAACCACGGCUGAGAUUCCAUCUACCAGCUUACCACAACCCCCUCCACCUCCAAUUCAACCCCUUUCAACUGACGUUCAUGCAAACGCAAGUGCAAUGGCUGAGGCAACAAUGCCUCUAGAUGCCGUUGACUACGUGGCGUACAGCACUGCCUUGUCGGUUACUGUCGCUAUUGGCGUUUCUUUACUCAUCCUCAAUAUCCUGAUAUUUGCAGGCGUUUAUUACCAACGUGAUCGAUCACGCAUGGCAGAUAAAAAUGAGCAGCAGACACGACUUAGCAGUGCCAGCAGCAGUGACCAUCAAAUGACAGGACUUAGUGGAGCUACGGGGUCAGUACUCGGGUCAACUUCAGCUUUAGAUGUCAUUGCAAAAACUCCACAGUCAGCAAUAUCUUCUUGCAAUAUCAUUGACGCAACUCCAUUCACCCAGACGCAAGUUUUCACUCACAUCUCGGAGUGUCCGCCGGCUUUCGCCGACACUUUAGUCACGUUCAGCGGCGACGCUCAAACAGCCUUACCUAAUCUGCCGCCGUCAACUUUACCCAACGGAGAUCUGAGUAUCAGUAGCAUGCCUAGACCUCCCCCUCCUCCGCGGUUGAUGCAAGACGAGCAAACUUUAUUGCCUUCAAACAUCCCAAGGCCUCCUAGGGGAAAAAUUCCCAACUGUGACGAGCUUAGAGUUUGAUGGCGUCGCCCUCUGGUCACCGUCCUACCAUCGUCAUCGUCGUCCGUGAGCAACGAGUCGCCGAGCGUCGUACCCUUGACGACUCUGUCGCCCAGAACCUCGACCCCUCCGCGAGUAGUGGACUAUUAUGGCAACGGUCUUAGCGAUGGCGUAAGUUUGACCACGUCCUUCAGGUCUGACGAAAUCUCUUCGACAUGGCCGAGGAAAAUGAAGGUCAUUGAUAAUGGUCCAGAGGGCGCAUCAAACAUACAGGAAAAUACGCCUGAUAAUACACAUAAUAUAUCAAAGUAUCCUGAUAAUGUAGAUAUAGCCGCGGAAAAUUGGAGUAGAAAUUUUCAGUCUCAAGUCGUUCAUCCCAGGCUCUUUCAUAGUCCCCCUGAUAGAAUUUCAACCAUGCCUAAAAUAUUUAGGCAACAUAGCUUAGAUAAAGAGUACACACAAAAUACUCUGCACAACAAUCAGCAGCUGAAAAACUCGCCUCUCAUUUCUCUCUCUAGAAUCUCUUCGCAAAACAUAAUUCAAGAAGGAGUCGUCUUACAUCAGUCACUCCUCGCUAUGAACAUGCCUUGCACCACCAGUUCAUCUCAUGUUAAUUUAAACGCGACGUCUGACGCUAGUAAAG